AGUAUGUAUGAUUGACAUCGGACAGCACAAUGAGAAGUUGCUAUAUUAAUUUUUAACGAUCGUAAGGAUUUUAGUACCCAAUCCUAGUGUAGAAACAAGGGCGGGACUUAUCGUUACUAAGGCAAGUCUGAGUCAAGUAUAAAGGGAAUAUCAUGGUGUCCCAGUGGCUGUUUAUGUUUACUUAAAGGGAAGAUAUCAAAGGGCGUUUUGCAAGAGACGACGGAGCUUUCUUUGUAGUUAAACAAUUAUUUUUAUUUUUACACUUUACGUUUUUUUAUGUUAAGAUUUACAAGGCCAUAGUGGCAUGUAAAUCUCAUAUUUCACUAAUGUGCCAGUCUUACAAAUGGAAAGGGGGCCUCACUUUGGAAACGUGAGCAUUUCCCUGGUGCUCCUGCUGUUGCUGAAAACGCUCAUCGGAUUCGGGACUUGGCAAACUCAGGGCUCCGCCAUCGGGAAGGAGCCACAGUCAGCCCGCCGGGGUGCAGGUUCGACCCCGGUGGAAGAUGAUGUAGGAGUCAUGGAGCGGGGCUUGGAGAACGUAGGCGCCUCGGUCACUGGAGCAGACGUUACCGUGGAGGAUGACGAGAACGGAUCGACGGGGGAGACUGAUGAAUCAUAUGGAGAAAGUAGCGGCAACGUCCGUACGACCAGGUCUCUUGUGAUCAUCAGUACCCUGGAUGGACAGAUCUCAGCUCUAGAUCCUCACAACCAGGGCAGGAAGCAGUGGGACCUUGAUGUCGGCUCGGGGUGCCUGGUGUCCUCCAGCCUCAGCAAACCUGAGGUAUUUGGCAAUAAGAUGGUCAUCCCUUCACUGGACGGUGCCUUGUUCCAGUGGAACCGGGACAGAGAGAGUAUGGAAGCAGUGCCUUUCAGUGUGGAGUCCCUCCUGGAGUCGUCCUACCGCAUCGGAGAGAACACCGUCCUGGUCGGGGGCAAGUCCCUGACUACUUAUGGCCUGGGGGCAUACAGUGGGAAGAUUCGGUACAUCUGCUCUGCGGUGGGCUGCAGCCGCUGGGGGGAUGACGAGAUAGAGACCGAAGACGUGCUCCUGCUGCAGAGGACCCAGAAGACUGUGCGAGCCAUCAUGCCCCGAUCGGGGAUGGAGAAGUGGAAUUUCAGUGUUGGGAACUUUGAGUUGAAACUUGUUCCGGAGUUGCAGUCUGGAAUAAACUUCCUGGAGGGGGACGUGGUAAAUGGUGACACGUGGAGUCAACGGGUCAUCACCGAUGAUCCGGAGGAGAGAGAGCAGACAGAGAACCAGCAAAGCCAGAGCCAGAAUCUGGACCUUGUUAUCAAGGUGUCUGUUCCUGAUUGGAAGGUCAUGGCUUUCAGCACGGAGCCUGACGGACAGCUGGUCUGGGAGCGUCAGUUCUGCACACCCAUCGCCUCAGCCUGGCUGGUGGGCGGGGGUAAAGUCACACCAAUCAGCCUGUUCGAUGACACUGCCUACAGCAGCCAGUCAAAAGCUGAUGAGGAUGAUGACGAGGAAGAUCCGGAGAAGGCCAGAAGAGCUGCUGAGUCGAGUGUGUACCUGGGGAUGUUCCAGGGUCAGCUCUACCUCCAGUCCUCAGUGAGGAUCAGUGAAAAGUUCCCCUCCAAAGCUAUUGGCUCAGAGAAGGAUAUUAUUCCACUCCCUACAGUCAAAUGGAAGCCUCUAAUCCAUUCCCCUUCUCGGACGCCUGCCCUGGUCGGCUCAGAUGAAUUUGACAAGUGUCUAAAUAAUGAUAAGUUUUCCCACGAUGAGUACAGCAACGGAGCCCUGUCCAUCCUUCAGUAUCCCUAUGACAACGGUUACUACUUCCCCUACAGCAAGCGUUACCGGGAGAAACGUGAGAGUGCCGUGAGCCUGAUAAAGGGAAAUGGGGUGGGGCCUGAUAGUCGCAGGAGAAAGGACCCCGUGCUGCUGCUGCCCUGGUGGAAGGAGAUCCUUGGCACCAUCGUCUUCUGCAUCGCAGCCACCACCUACAUUGUCCGCAAGUUCUUCCACCCUUCUGCCCCUGUAGCCUGUGUGAGGCAACGGAAGGAGUCAGAAACACAGUGCCAGACAGACAGCAAGUUUGACCUUGAGGUUAUGGAAACCAAAGAGCCGGUUGCCAUGGAGACCCGUUCAAGUGAAUAUGUGUCCAGGUAUCUGACUGACUUUGAGCCAGUGCAGUGCCUUGGCCGCGGGGGCUUUGGUGUUGUGUUUGAAGCCCGCAACAAAGUGGACGACUGCAACUACGCCAUCAAAAGAAUCCGCCUGCCCAACAGGGAGCUGGCCCGUGAGAAGGUCAUGCGAGAGGUGAAGGCCCUGGCCAAGCUGGAGCACCCGGGGAUCAUCCGCUACUUCAAUGCCUGGCAGGAGAGCCCCCCUGAGGGCUGGCAGGAGGAGAUGGACAAGAGGUGGCUGAAAGAUGCCAGUGCGACUGACUGGCCAGUGAGCUUCCUCGACCACAUGGAGGCGCUGUCAGUUAAAGUGCCGGUGUCCAGCUCCUCCUCACCUGUCUGUGGGCCAGUGCGAGACAUUCUGGAGUCCUCUGUUGAUGCACGCGGCCAGCUUUCCAGCAGCGCCGGCAGUGCUGGAGGCUUUGGUGCUGAUGAUGGAGACCUGUCCUUCCACCCACUUCUGGGUCAUGACAGUCUGAUGUCUGAAAGGGACAGCCAAGCUGACCCUGACGCCUCAGACACCCCCCACUCCUUCGAGCUGUGCCCCCCACGCGGCCCCAGUGACUGCACCUCCUCUUCCUUCGACAUCGUGUUCGAGGACUCUGGCUGUGACGGAGAUGCUGAUGCAGACACAGACUCUGGUGCGACCAGUCCCGGCACGGUGACUGAGAAGAACAGCUCAUCUUCCUCUCACACCAGACAACAGCAGUCUGUCCCGGCCUCUUCUUCUCCGCCCCGGCCAACCUCACUUGCCAUAGCUCUCCCCACAACUCCUCCAACCCAGCGAGUCCAGCCUUCUCCCAAGGUGUACCUGUACAUCCAGAUGCAACUCUGUAGGAAGGAGAACCUGAAGGACUGGAUGGCUCAGCGCUUCCUCCCAGAGCACAGGGAGCAUAACCAGUGUCUGGAUAUCUUCCUCCAGAUCGCAGAGGCUGUCGAUUUCCUGCAUAGCAAGGGGCUCAUGCACAGGGACUUAAAGCCCUCCAACAUCUUCUUCACCAUGGACGAUGUGGUGAAGGUGGGAGACUUCGGCCUGGUGACGGCCAUGGACCAGGAGGAGGACGACGAUGAGCCAAGUGCCCUGACGCCCGCACCACUCCUGACUCGUCACACGGGCCAGGUUGGCACCAAACUCUACAUGAGCCCAGAGCAGCUCUCUGGAAACUCAUACUCUCAUAAAGUGGACAUUUACUCUCUGGGUCUGAUCCUAUUUGAGCUGCUCUAUCCUUUCAGGACCCAGAUGGAGAGAGUGAGGACACUGACAGAGGUGAGAGGGCUGCGCUUCCCAGAGGUUUUCUCCAAAAACAACGUUCAGGAGCUGAGUAUGGUGCGCAGCAUGCUGUCACUGAGCCCCAAUGAGCGUCCUGAGGCAGUCGAGAUCACAGGGAUUCCCCUCUUCCAGGAGUUGGAGCUGCCUUGUCGACUGGCCGUGAGGCAACGCUCCCGCACAUACAGCUCCUCCUCUAUGGGCCGCCCCUCACGCCAGACGUCCACCUCCUGAAGAUCCCAUGACACAAUAUGUUACCGUUUCCCUGUCAUCCCCAUGCUGGUCUGCCACCCAAAAGAAACACUUCGGCCCCUGCCAUCACACACUGCCUCACACUGAAUCACUUGGCAUGCCAGGUACGACAAAUGUGCAGGAAUUAGUCUCUGUGGUGUGAAAACAGUGGGACCACUUCCUGCACAGUUGCUCUCCAUGCCAAAUAGACAUUCCGUUACAUAUUCGCACACUAUUAUGCUGCCCAAGUUCCCAAUUACAAUCACACGCACAGUGAAAGGAUAUUUUAAAAGUGACAGCCGUUCUGUAAUGUUCACGACCAGACUUGGCUCAAGUGGCACUUGUAAAUAAUUCUUAGUGGUUAUUUUAAGUGGCUCUGAGCACCAGAUGGGCAGCAUUUGUUGCGGCCAGCCAGCUCAGUGCAGACUCAGCUAUUAUCCACAGCCAGUUGUACCUAAUUGAUUUUGAAAUGUUCAUCUGUGAUUGUCUUAAACAGCUGGAGUCCUGACUCUGACUGGUACUGUGAGACGGUUGACAGCUCAGAACUAUUUGAGGUGUGAUUCGAUCCUGCUCUGGCCACAACACGCUGCUUGCUCCCAACAUUCAGCCAGUGUUCACUCACCCACAAUGCACCUCAGGUAUCAAAUCCAAGAGGACACUCCAAAGAGGCCUUUGAUGCUUGAUCAUCCUAUCUACUAGUGACCAGUACUAAUCACUGGUACGAGCACUAACCGGUGUCCUAACACCCAAUAUGCCUGAUUUGGGAGACCAAAAAAAAAGAACAUCUUUUUUUCCUAUGUGUUUUUUAAUGGGAAAAGUUGCUGUAUUGCGUAGAGAAGAAUUUAUGAAUCUACUUCAUCAGAUAUGAUUUGCCUUUAGAAAGGGGCCAGCAGCCCCCUCUGGAUGGAUGCAGAGCCUCCGGCUCAUGUCGUUGCAUGUACCUGAUAAAGAAGUGAAGGGUGAGUGGGAAUUAGUUGUCUUAAAGCCAGUACUUGGAUGCAGUUUUUCUGUGUGUAAAUUUACAAAAUGACUCUGAGGUGCUUAGUCAUUCACCAACACCUCAUCUUUGCUCUUUGUACAUAAUUUAAGGGAGAAACCGGUUUAUAUCUUUUUUUCUUUAUUGAUGCACAAGAUAAAUUUGAUUAACCCUGUAUAUAUUGUAAUGCACCAUUGCUUGUAAAUGAAUUUUUCCUUGGACAACUGUAAGAUAGUGUCAUAUACUGUGGGAGAGGGAACAAGGAGGAGACGAUCUCUGCUAUUAACUGUUAUCGAAUAUUACAGUGUGACCUCCAGAGACAGAUGACGGUGGUCACCUCUUUAUAGCUGUUUGAAAUGAUUCUCAGUGUUUGUUUUCACAUAUGUGGGGUACCGAGUGGAGGGGUUUGCCUUGCUUUAGCACCCAAGGAGAACCAGAGUGCCAUUUGAAAGUCAGUUGAGUGUACGUUUCUUUAGCUCAUAACUCACUGCACAUUUUUUGCAAUUGUGCUACUGUGCUCCAACCCCUCCAGCUGGUUUUCCCAGUGAAGCACUCGAUACUGAGGUCUGCAGCUCUCCCAAGGUGCAGGACCAUAGCAUUUAGUGAAGAAGGCGAUGCUGUUUUAUCCCCUCUAGGUUGCCUACUGAGGACCUGGACCUGAUACUGCAGUGGUCACCAACUGGUGGACUCCAGUCCAGAUCUGGACCCAGAGAGGUUUCUGUCUGGACUGAAGUGUUUCACAGUAAAAUAAUAAUAAGUCUUAUUUUGAUGAGAAUUUUUUUUUUAACAGCCACAGAGUGGGCCAGCUCAGCAGAGCUGUGCAUGUCCUUCAGUUGCUGCUUGGGUGUGAGCAGUCAGUACGAGCGGGUCUGCAGCGACUGGGAGAAACCAACCAACUCAGAAAUGUUAGUGUUAACAAAGACUUUAUUAUAUUUAUUUUCUGCAGACUUAGCCAGGUUAGCAUCUUGCUCUGAGUCUGCCCCAUCAACUGUAGAAGUAUAUACAUGAAUACAUGUAUACAGGGGCAGCACGGCGGCGCGGUGGUUAGCGCUGUUGCCUCAAAGUGAAAAGGUUCCAAGUUUGCGGCCUUUCUGUGGGAAGUUUGCAUGUUCUCCCCGUGCUUGCGUGGGUUCUCUCCGGGUGCUCCAGAGAUGCAGCUUCGGUCGAUUGGUGAUUCUAAUAUAUUCACUUCAUGUGACAUAUAUAUGGGAUGCUUGUCAGAUCCUCUAAUUAGUAAUGAGUGACUGGACCUCCUGGAAUUUUAGUUGGUGACCACUGUGAUACUGGUAAUGUGAUCCACAAUAAGCCUUGUUUUAUGUACAUACGAAGUGCUGGGAGAGUCACACGGCCUGUCUGUAAUUACACACACUCAAACUGCUAUCUGUAAUGUGCUUUCAAUGAUUGUACUUUUCUAAGAAUGUUCUCUCUCUCUCUCUCUCUUUGUUUUAAUAAGGGCAGUUUUUAAAUUAUUCUGCAGGGUUUUUAAUUAAUGUAUAAUCUCGACCAUGUGUCUGAUGCAGGAAGUCAAACUGAUCAUUCAACCAUCCACUCAUCCCACAGAAGGAGUCGUUCUUGUUAAAUGAUCAUUUCUCUCUUCAGAGUUUAAAAUGGACUGUACUCCCACUGUGAUAAAGGAGGCUUGUGGAGAGGUUGGUUCCAUUAUGACAAAAAAUAACAGCAUGGAGGUAUUGUUACUUAUGGUCUUCACUGACAAAAACAGACUGGACAGAACUUUUGUAGAAUUUAAUAAUUAAUCCAAGGAAGAUCCAUCUUUCCCACAAAAUUAUCUUAAAUGAUUUGUCCUUAAUUUGAUUGAAAUCAGUUCAUGGAUGAAUUGUGAAAUGAAGACUUGUAUGUGAACAGUUUACAAUAAGCAAGAAGGAAACUGCCACAACAUGAAGUAGAAAACAGUUUGUCAUCCAAGACCAUUAAACUGAAAACAGCAUUAUUGACAAUAGUGUAUUAUCACAGGUUCUACACGUUUUUCUUUUUUCACCCAAACCAAGAAAAUGUGAUUAUACAUUAGGUUUUUCAUGCUUUGUUGGAUUGUUUAUUCGCCUUCCACUAAUGCUGUAGUUAAACUGAAAAAUCACAUCACUCAUCUCAGUCUCUGAUCCCUGUAUCUGGACAUGUAGUUGCGUGUUCUUGUGCACAAACCCCAUUCUGUCCAUGUUGAAUUGUAAAUAUGUUUAUUUGCUUUAUUUAUGUUUUGAGGCCGUGAUCAAUCCUUUUUGGGUUGGUGUUAUUAUAAAUGUGCUUCAUGCCAUGAGCGCAUUGGAAUAUGAUGACUUCUUACAAGUCUAAAUUUAAUAAACUGUUCUAUACCA